AUGUCAGAAGUAGUAAUAAUAAUUGAAGGCAUAAAAGACGAAAUUGCAACGUAUCUGUGCAAGUCUUUCAAGUACAUCUUACAGAAGGAAUAUUCAAUAAGUUGCCUGGAAAUGGAUGGUCUUGCGAUUUCCUUGAUGAACCCAACUUUCAACGGGGUCUCUCCAAAUGAGCUAAAGUGCCGAGAAUACUUUAUAGAACUCUCCAAGAGCAAGAAUGUCAUUAUGAUAACAGAUAUUGAGUACAGACGAGAAGACUACUACACAGAAGAGUACACAAUUGACACAAAAUACAUUCUAGUCGUAAAUGACUCUCUAGUGCCUGGCUCCCCAGAUCUGGCAUAUUAUGAUAGAAGAAUAGAGAUUGAAACACAAUCUUCCCCAAAUAACACAAACUACUAUACUAUGUAUAAUAACUGCAAGAACUACAAGGAAAAGCUUAUUGUUCUGUUGAACAACAUUAAAAGAAAUCUGAUCAGCUGCCAAAAGCACAAAAUAGUCCAUAAGCUGUACUUGCUUACUCGCUACAGUAAUUUGUGUGUUCUAAACAUAGGAUAUAACAUAUUCUAUAUGGAAGAAUCUGCAGUUCUUGAGAACAUCAAAAAGCUGCUUGCAAGUCUAAAGAGCAAAUACACGCUCUAUCUGUACAGUAAGCUGAACAUUGCAAAUAUUCUGCAUACAUAUAACAUAGUCAACGUAAUACAAGUGAAGUCUAAGCACUCUGUAAGCAAGGAAGGCAACAAGUACAAGCUCUCAACAGGAAGGUCCAUAAACAUAACAGAAAUAGACAGAGGCCUUAAUGUGGCGCAAAUAGUCUCAAUGGUUGAAAGAAUGGAGAAGUCUCUUUUGGUUGGAGACAUAAGCCUGCUCAAAGGAGUAAUAAGAUACAUAAAGAAAGACGACAUGGAUGUUAAAAUAGGAAGUGGCUCAGUAAUAAAGCUAGUGGUCAAUGGGGCAGAGGUAAUUGAGAAAAGAUAUGAAGUAAAAUAG